UGAUGAAUAUGGAGCUUGUCAUAUCUUUCAUGAGUUGAUCAAAGCUUGGGGGCCAGGAAUCCAGGAAUGAUGAUCAACCUGCGGCUGUUGCGUCUGAUCGAGAUUUGUUGUGGCUGCUAGUGCUCAGACGCUGAGCAACAUCUUAUGGCGCCCUGCCAGCGCUGAAGUCAAGAGCGAGGUGAUUUCCGAGCCUGAGCGCAUCUCGAAUCUGUCUCCAACUGUCUGGAUGCGCGGCUGCACCUUAUCUUCCCGGUGUCUGGGCAGGUUACUGCUGUGCGCCCUCGCCAGUCGAGCCGGGGCUGCAGGACUUCCAGGCACACCAACUCUGCCCGUACCGUCAUGUCCUGCGCAAGUCGAGCAGGGCAUGGUUGCAGGUGAUGAUGGGAGCGGCCAAAGGCCAUCGAGCCUUCUGCAGAUGACAUCGCCUAGACGCACCACCGCGCCCGUCCACGAGGAUGCGGAACCAGAAGCUCAGACUCCGGAUCACAACCAAGGGCUCAGGAUAGUGCGGCUGCUGUGGAAGAAUCCAUAUGCGACUGCUCUAGGCGGGUGUGCUGGUGCGCAUUCUUUUGUGAUGCCUGGCUUUUUCAUCCUGGCAAGGGCAACUGUCAGACGCCAACAUGCUGAUCCUCCCCGUGGCAGCCGCGUUGAGCAUCGUUUUCAGCUGCUCUGUGGUGGUGUGCUUUGUGGUGGCCUUCCGUCCCAGACGUGGCAAGAACUUAGAUUCCCAAUUCGAGCCGGUGAGGCUGGGCCUGCCACCGGGCUACGGCUGCAAGGCUUUGCGGUCCAACUGCUGGUAAGCGCCGGGAUUUCAAUGCUUUAGUUGGAAGAAUGCACGACGACAAGCCAAGGCUCGGAUGAGACAAGAGUACUUAGCCUUUCGAUUGGGCAAGCA